CUCAUACUAGGCAACAACGUCACUUGACGCUACCCUACCGCGUACGUGCUCGAGCCUAGACCACGCGACCAGAGUAGACAACAAGAUGGCGACCGUUUUAGUAUCAGAAGAAUAAGUGCCGUGAAGGAUAGCUAGCUAGAUAAAGGCAUGCCGUGGGAGCACCCCGUUUCUCAGCUCGCCACGGUCACCAUGGUGAUGUGAAGCCCCAGUGUGGACGUGUCACAUCCACUCAGCCACAGACCCGGACGAGGGCUAAUCCGCCCAGCAGGCGUGUGCCAUGGACAGGUGUAAGCACGUGGGGCGGCUGCGGCUGGCCCCGGAUCACUCCAUCCUCAACCCGCAGAAGUGGCACUGCGUGGACUGCAACACCACCGAGUCGGUGUGGGCCUGCCUGGGCUGUGCCCACGUGGCGUGCGGCCGCUACAUCGAGGAGCAUGCGCUGCGGCACUUCCAGCAGCAGAGCCACCCGCUGGCCAUGGAGGUCAACGAGCUCUACGUCUUCUGCUACCUGUGCGACGACUACGUGCUCAACGACAACGCCACGGGAGACCUCAAGCUACUGCGCUCCACACUGAGCGCCAUCCAGAGCCAGCGCUACGAGGUCACCACGCGCUCAGGGCGCACGCUGAGGUCGUCCAGCGCCCCGCCUGACGCCCCCCAGCUCUGCGGGGCCAGCGAGACGCAGCUGAGGGACGAGGACCGCAUGUUCACGGCGCUCUGGCACCGACGCCGGGCGCUGAUGAGCCGAGUGUUCAGCUCGUGGUUCAGCCUGACGGAAGGUGGGAGGCGGAGAGAGGAGGAGGAGAGGCAGAGAGAAGAGGAGGAGGAGAAGAGGAGGGAGUUGAGAGAGAGGAGGAAGGAGUUGAAGAGACAGUUACAGGAGGAGCUGGAUGGCACGCCACCCAGGAAGAGCAACCGGCUCAGGACAGCCAGCCAGAGAGCCGCCGCCGCCGUCACUCUCCGUCCCAAACGCACCCCUUGCACACCCCAGGCCCCUUUAACCCCCCAACCAAGGACCCAGAGCCCCGCCACUCACACCCCAAAGAGAAGGGGACGCCCUCCCAAAAGUGUCGCUUCCAAACCCGCCCGCAGCUCCACCCCCUCCUCUGCUUCCAAAGGCAGACCCAGGGCCUCCUCUGCCCUCUCCGCAACCGCACGGCGAGCCCCCUCCCCGGCCCCCCGACGAACCCCCUCCAAACAGGGAGACUCGCCGCUUAAACGGCGGCCCACGGUCACCCCGGGUGUCACCGGUCUGCGAAACCUAGGCAACACGUGCUACAUGAAUUCCAUCCUGCAGGUGCUAAGCCACCUCCACGUCUUCAGGGAGUGUUUCCUCCGGUUGGACCUGACGCAGGCCCUGGAGCUGCUGGCCUCGGCUGUCCACGGCCAGCUUGUGGUCCCCAGUUCCGGGGGCCCAUCCUCCUCCUCCUCGCUGGCCCAGAAGAGAGGCCCCCAGGCAGGAGCGGGGCUGAGCGGCGGGGCCUCCAGAGCACGCAGCAUGGAACUAAUCCAGCCGAAGGAGCCUAGCUCCAAGCACAUCUCCCUGUGCCACGAGCUUCACACCCUCUUCCAGGUGAUGUGGUCAGGCAAGUGGGCGUUGGUGUCGCCCUUCGCCAUGCUGCAUUCGGUCUGGCAGCUGAUCCCAGCCUUCCGGGGUUACGCCCAGCAGGACGCCCAGGAGUUCCUGUGUGAGCUGCUGGACAAGGUGCAGCGGGAGCUGGAGAGCACGGGCACACGCACACUGCCUGCUGGCGUGUCAACCGGACAGAGACGUCUCAUCAAGCAGGUGCUCAGCGUUGUUAACACCAUCUUCCAUGGACAGCUCCUCAGCCAGGUAACAUGUUUAGCGUGUGACCACCGCUCCAACACGGUAGAGCCGUUCUGGGACCUGUCGCUGGAGUUCCCAGAGCGUUACCACAGCAACAGCCGGGAGAGUGCAUCGCAGGUGUCGUGCCGGCUGACUGAGAUGCUGGCCAAGUUCACUGAAACCGAAGCCCUGGAGGGCAACAUCUACGCAUGUGACCAGUGCAACAGUAAGCGCCGAAGGUUCUCCUCCAAACCUGUCAUUCUGACUGAAGCUCAGAAACAGCUAAUGGUUCAUAAACUGCCUCAGGUCCUGCGCUUGCACCUCAAACGCUUCAGGUGGUCCGGGAGGAACCACAGGGAGAAGAUCGGGGUCCACGUCAGCUUUGACCAGCUUCUCAAUAUGGAGCCGUAUUGCUGCAGAGAACCAUCUCCCAAGGGCUCUCCAUGCUCCAGUCCCGCCCUAGCAGGCUCACCGCGACCCCAACACUUCCUGUAUGAGCUGUCAGCCGUGGUGAUGCAUCAUGGGAAGGGCUUUGGCUCUGGCCACUAUACUGCCUACUGCUACAACAAAGAAGGAAGGUUCUGGGUGCACUGUAAUGACUCGAAGCUGAACGUGUGUUCUGUGGAGGAGGUUUGUCGUGCCCAGGCCUACAUCCUCUUCUACACGCAACACCUCACUCAGGACAAAGACAGGCCGCUAUAGGACCAGGCGGCGCAGAGCCCCGCCGCCCUCCCCCACCGAGCCGCCCUCCCCCACCGAGCCACCCUCCUCCGUACCUCAGCAGCCCAGUGAGAUAUCAACAUCACCAAAGCAUCUCAAUGAUCUUUCAAUCAAUAUUUUUCUAAAAUCAGAGAGACUAAGACACAAACUGCUUUUAAAAACAUGGUUCUGCUUUGUGAAUUUCUUGUAUAUGGUGUUUAUAUGGGUUUUCAAAAAUGUUUGAUAGUGUACAGGUGUAUUUUAUAAAGAAAGUAUUAGCCCAGGUCUGGGUUGUAUCAGAACACGCCUUGUCAGGAGGAAGUCAGAGACUUGGGCCAGGUGUGACUGUCUGUAAAUGUCCUCUAUCAGUAGUGCAUGUUUAUUCGGGUGUCACUUUCUGCUCCUCUGUGAUUGGUGACUCACUUUCUGCUCCUCUGUGAUUGGUGAUUGUCAGUUUCUAAAUCCAUUUGAAUCAGCGAAAAAUGUUUCUCACAGCCACUUUAUACAUUUGACUAAGGGAUGUCAUUCAGUCAAAUAGUCAACUGGAAUGUAGAUUUAAGUAAUUACUUCCAUAAACUUUCUUUGGUUUUUCAGCCCUUUAUCUCUCGCAGUAGUACUUAAGGAUUGGUCAGGAAUGCUUUUUGAUUGGUUACUGACCUCAACCAAAGCAUGAGGGAAAUGUUUCGAACAAGUUUUUCUCAAGACAAUUACAGGAGAUUUGCAGGAUCUUUUUUGUAAACAUUUGCUGAUGGUUUGUUUUGACUAAAUUCUGCGUGCUACACCGUCUUUAUAAGAAUGUAUAAUGUCCUUAGUCAAGCUGAAGUUUUUUGAUUGAUAAUGGUAUCCCUAUAGCAGAUGUGGCUGCCAGUUUUACUAGUCAUAGAAAAGUGCCCUUUAUCAGAACAGAUUUAUUUUUGUAGUGACUGACAGAGGCGUAUUUGGUAUCAGUUCUUUGUAGCAGAGACUAAAAUCCAGUCCGACCUAGGCCAGCAUUUAAAACAUUGAAUGUAUUUUUGUACACUGAGAUCUUGUUUUUUCAAAGGUCCUAAGUUGUAUUCUAAAAUCAGGCCAUUGACUGUUAGAUUUGUAGUUUUUUAAUUGAUCCUUCCCCGAUCAGAAUCACCAGCAGUUUCUUGUCUUUAGAGAGCUGACCUGUCUCCAGUAUGCGUGUCGUGUGUGUACAGGAUAUACGCACCGAAUUUGUCAGAGUUAAAUAGCCUGACUAACGUUAUCAGAUGAUGAUAUGAUUGAGACAUUGCUUUGCUGGAGAAUCUGUGGUGUGUAGUUGCUGACAGUUGAGAAGUUUGUUCUUUUGGAAAGGUUUUGUAACAAAUUGUUUACUCUAGGACCCAACAACAUGGUCCAAAAAAAAAAAAAAAA